GUGAACUUCAGUCAUGAGGCUGAUCGCUUCUGGUAAAACAAUCCAAACAGACAGCAGCUAUUAGCUUGUCUCCAACAACAUGAAGGCUGAAGACAAACUGCAGAUAGGAAAAUUCCUUUUCAUGCUGAUCAACUCCUUUUUUGUGGUCCUUGGUAUCAGCCUGUUCGGAUCAUCUCUAUGGAUCUUAUUCGACACAAGCAGUGUCAUAACUAUUUUAAGCAACGAGUCGGAUGUCAAGGUGGCGGCCGGAGGGCUGUUUGUCAUCGGUCUGUUGGUUGUCGGUGUCUCUGUGUUGGGCUGCAUUGGAGUCCAUAUAGAAAACAGAUGUUUCAUUGCAAUUUACAUGGGCUUUUUAAUUGCCAUCAUUUUUGGUGAACUUUUCAUCACUUUCUUGCUAUUGCUUAAAUGGAGUCCAAUCGAAAAGUUUUUGUCUGAAAGUGUCGAUGCCAUCAUCAGCAAGUACGGGGUUAACGAUACACAAUCCACCUGGAGUCUUCUGGACAGGGUGCAGCAGUCUGCAAAAUGCUGUGGCAGACAGAAUGCCAGCGACUGGGAGACAAACAAAUUUAUUCAGCUCCAGAACGCGUCUAAUAUUUAUCCCUGUUCUUGCUUUAACGGGAGCUGCCCUGUAUUCUUAGCUGGGGAGAUAUACCAGUUUGGAAAUGGUACUCAUAUCUACACAACGGGUUGUGAGAAGAAACUAAAGGACUGGUUUGGACAGAAUGUAUUUGUGAUCAUAGGCAUGGCCCUUGCUCUCCUAAUCAUUCAGAUACUGCAGUUUAUUCUGGGAAUACAUAUCUUCCGGAAGAUUGUUCUUAGGAUUAAAGAUAAGCAGCCCAAAAAUCUCCUCGAUGAAAUGGAAGAAAACCCAACACCAACAAGUUCUGACCCACAACAAAGUGAUCUGGAUUACACGCACCAGCCGACUCAUGAUGCUUAUAAUGAAGAACUUCCUCGUCAGAGUUCUUUCCAGGAUCCUGAUCCUCAGCUUCAACAUCGACGCAACGUUCAAGCAUACGACCAGAGACAGAACGAUGAGUACGCAGACGUCAGAGAGAGUUACGAUCAGUACGAAAGCCAAAUUUAUCAGCAGCAUCAUGGCUCUGAGCACAACCGUUACAUCUAUAACCAGAAUCUUGAAGACGGUUCUAAACAGCAGUAUAACGAUGUGAGUUAUGACCAGUUUCAUGAGCGUGACCUGCAGCACAGACAGAGCUAUAACGCCGAUUACAAUCGGCGUUAUGUUCAUGAUGACGACAUAACUUACUAGUCAACUCCAACAUUAUUGGCAAAAAUUGACACAAUAAUUAAAAAUAUUCCAACCAUGAAACUAAAGAAAAUAGGAACAAAAUAAAAUUUGUUUAAUUUUUUUUUCCAAAACAGAGACAUAAACAUUAUUUACACUAUUACAAAAUAUUAAAAACAUUUACUA